GGCUGGGAGGGGAGCGUGUCUGGGGGCAUCCCCAGGCAUGGUCCUGCCCUAGAGACCAGGGGUGUGGGUGUCCCUUGUGAGCACUCUUGAAGGGAGCUGGGGAAGGAUUCUGGGGUGCAGAUGUCCCAAGUGUUGUGGUCUGUCACUAGCCUGGUGCAGGAGAGACGACUGCUCCGAUGUGCAGUUAAGCUAAAUUGCUGCUGUGUUCCUGAAUCCUUUGAACUACUCUAAUUGAUUACGCAUUUCUCUUGCUGUUUCUCUGUACUCAAGCCGACUCUGCAUCUACUCGCCCUUAAGGCCAGCUUGCCACAGUCACACUGGUGCACUAAGUUAGAGUCUUGAGCCUACAGCUACUGGAAAGCACUUCUGUGUCAUGCCACCUCAAAACCCAGAGAGGGAGGAAUUCUGGUUUUGGCAGCUAGUCUGGAGUGGCAGGAAGCCUGGAAAAGCUUGUAAUUACAUUGUGUGAUGAUUUGAAAAUAGGUGACAUCUUAAUAUACUUUCAGGCCCUUAUAGUGUAUGUUAGAGUUACAAACAGCAUACUGUUCAGACAGGCUUUUCCUUCCUUGAUUUAGUUGGGGAUUGGUCCUGCUUUGAGCAGGGGUUGGACUAGAUGACCUCCUGAGGUCCAACCCUGAUAUUCUAUGAUUCCCAGCACUGCAACAUAUCUAUGAAUUCCCUUUGCAUUUUUUUAUUAGACAUUGUCUAAUCUUCUGCUAGUUCUAGUGCUACCACUUUUCACGCCUAUGGGGCAAUGGGUAUGCAUGAAUGCGGAUCAUGUGCUCUUUCCUAAGGCUGCACUCAUCCCCUCCCGUCACUAACCUUGUCCCCUAAACAACUCAUUUUUCAUGCAGUUCAAGGCAAAGAGGUAACAGACUGCAGAUGUAUUUUAAUUUGGUCCUUUUAGCAGGUGGGUCACCAGGCUAAAGAGAGUCUCUCUCCUAAAGUAUGUGGGUCUAGACAUCACUGUGAUGGUAGCCAAGUACAUAUCAUCUCAGAAUCCUUCAGGCAGGCAAAGGGGUGAUGAAGUAUGGCUGGUGCAUUGGCACGAUCCCGGGUAGUGGGAUCCGGUAACUCACUCUUUAUGUGACUUUGGACAGGAAGAACCAUAGAAAGGAAAAAGACAUCAGAAAAACAGAAUGAGAGCUGAAUUUUCCUAUCCUAAGCAACAUGGAACCAGUGGAUCAAAUGGUGGUUUCUAGAGUUGACACUGCUUGUUGGACUACAAAGGUUAAUUCAUCUACUUUAGAGUUUAGAACACGCAAGGUUUUAUUCAUGGUCAAAAGUGAAAUUACCCAGAGCAUCCAACUUCUGUAAAUUGCAUGCUGCCAGCACCCUGCCCUGGUCUGACCGUUGGGGAUCACAAGCUUGGGAGCUUGUCCUCCUGUAAGCUGUGAGAGGUAUGCUGAGAGCAGAGCUUGCUUGAAGACAUGUUAAAACAUGCUUUUAGAAAGGAGUUGUGUCUCUUUCAAUUCCUUUCUCUGUACAGAACCCCACAAUAUGAGCUCAGAGGAACAAAGCAGGUUGGCAAUCUCAUUGUAUCCUGUACAAUUAGAGGAGUAACUUCUUUCCAGGAGAACUGUGAAGCUAAUUUGUUUAGUAAGGCAAUUUAAGAUCCCCUGAUGGAAGGUGCUAGAGAAGGACUGCGGAUUACAGUCCAGUGCUGAAAAGGGUGUCAGAUAGGAACAAUUUCCUAGCUUUAUUGUCACAGUAAGAUGUGAACAGUCUGAUUCACCCUAAGCACAACCAAGUUCUUGGAAAUGAAGAUUGCAGCAGUGGCUGUGUUGCUGUGUACAGCUCAGAGCAAGGCUUGUCAGUGUUCCACAUCAAUUCCUGAUGUCAGGCUGAUCCUGGCUGCCAGCAGCCAGCUCUCACAAUGAAAGGCACCCCUUAAGCUUGAAUAUAGCAAAGGCAAGGACGGCAGGGGGGAGGGGUAUAAAAGUGUUGUUUGCAGCAGUACCUAGCAUGAAUGUCAGUGAGCACAUUCCAAGAGGAGCAUAUUCAUGCUGAAGAGUUCACUGCAUCUGUGCAUCACUGAUAGCAAAUGGGCAGCGUGAGUUCUUGUGGCUGUUUGUGGCCACUGUAUCUGUAAUGAGCUUGGGCUGCUGUUCCUCGUUAUCCACUGGAAUAAACUUUUCCCCAUUCUUUCCCUAAUGGGGAGACUUCUAUUCAUUAUUGUGACGGAUAUGGCAAUUUCCUGGGCAAACCUCACUUAAAUGAAGUUUAAGUAUCCUAGGAGUUGAUUGUAUAAAAAAUGCUAAAGUUUAUGUACAAUAUUAUUGUGGGAUUAUAUGCAGCUUCUUUCGUGGGGGGACAGGAUUAAUGUAAACCCUGGGAAGUGCUAUGAGCUUCAGAGGACUCUUUGGAACGGUGUGCUAGACAAACCAAAUUAAGUGGGCUUGCUGGGAAAUACCUGGGAGGAGGGGAAGGUGCCUUCUCACCCAAUUUUUAGAAGCUGGCCCUAAGAAGAAGUGCAUUGUCUGCUGAUCACCUGUUACAUGAGGACAAGCUCAGAAUCCCAAACUGGAUACAAGACUGACUCUCAGAUUUGCAGGCGGGGAAAGGGGGGUGCGCUUGUUCUGAGCAAAAGCUGUUAUGAACUUGUGGCCACAGAAGAACUCCUGUCAUGGGGUUGGAAGGACUGUUCAUCUGCCAGAAGCCUUGUUGGAGUUAGGGGGACAUCUCUGGAGCAGCCUCCUUAUCCUGGAUAUGGUUCCAACUACUGGAACUCUGCGGUGCAACCUAGAGCCCCCUACCCAAGUCCGUACCCUGCUGGACCUGAGUUACAAAGCCAGGGACUGGAGUCUCCCUACACAAAUGGAGCCUAUGGCGCCCCUGGGGCUGCACCACACUAUGCUAAUCUGCCACAGUCAAACACUUACUAUUCUUCUGGUCACCCUCGGGCCUCCUACCCGGCAGAGUCUCCGAGCAUGUACCGACCGCCAUCGCCAGCCUCGCAUUGGCAUUAUCCCCCACCAGACUGCCCUCCGGAAGGUCCCUCUCUCAGGAGGCAGGCCCCAGGAUACUCCCCACCACCGACCCCAGGUAUGCCUGUCCCGCACUAUCCAUAUGGAGGGGAUAGCAACCCUGGCAUUCCACAGCAAGGGCCACCACCACAACCAAGACCCCAGGAUGAAUCAUGGGCUUCCUCUGGCAUCUAUGGAAUGCAGCCACGUUAUGCCUGGCCUGCUGCUUCAACACCCCAAGGAAGUCCAUUUAUUUCAGAAUCAUCUCCAUCCUGGCCUGGCAAUGGAGCUCCUUCUCAUCAUCCUCCAGCUCAUGACACAAAGGAUGCUACUUAUGACAAACCAGACCAAGGAGCAAACCACAACAACUACUUUCCAGAAGUCAAUCAGCAGCCCUCUGGGACUAUGAAUGAUCAUAAGUCAACUCAAUUCAACACCAGACCAUCCCAUUUCAAUCCCAAAGUGCAAUACAGCGCACAGCCCCAAAUGUAUAAUAAUGUACCUAGGAAACCACCUUUGAACCAGGAUGCAGGUUUUAAACCCAGCGACCAGCCUUUGUCAAACUCCCUGGGAAUUCAGCCAGGGAUUCAAAGAGUUAUGCAAGUUAUGGAGGAGGUUGAGCAGUUGGAGCAAGAGGUGGAUGAAUUUGUAGGAAAAAAAACAGACAAAGCAUACCGGCUCCUGGAGGAAAUGCUGACCAAGGAGCUGUUGGAACUGGAUUCCAUAGAGACUCAUGGCCAGGACAAUGUUCGACAGGCUAGGAAGGAGGCUGUUCAUAGAAUCCAGGCCAUACUGGAAAAACUGGAAAAAAAGGGAUUGUGAAAGACAAAUGGUAACAACUCAAGGCCUGCUAUGGACAUACAAAAGCGCUCUGGUUAGGCUUAAUUUUCAGCCUGCUUCUAACUACUGUUGACCAUGAAAAGCAAUAACGUCUGACUAUACUUUAAUUUUUUUUUUAAACCCAACAAAUGAUAACUUGGCUGUGGACGAAUGAAGGAAGGAUUGAAACAUCAGUCCUGAAUUUUCAGGUUGUUGUUCCAGGCCAAUGAAUGUACAGACAGCUAUGGAAUUCUGACAUUGCCAAACAAAGUGCUUUUGCCUCUGUGGGUGUCUACGUGCUUUUCAUCAGCAGGAGAGGAAACCGUUGUAUGGAACAGACUUUUCUGUACUAGGCCAAAUGUGUGUCUGUAGAUGCCACCUGCUGCCCCAUGGCUUCUUAAACAGCUGGAAUUUCUGUUAGUUACAAAGACAUUGUAACACACAGCAAGUACAAGACUUCAGGCUCUUGGACUACUAUUCUUGGGUAUUAUUUACAGCUUCAUCACUCUAGUCAUUGAGAUUGUUGUGUAUUGUUCUGUGUCUUUUUGGUGCACGCUGUAGAACUGUCUUGAAGUAUUAGUGGAAGACACCAUAUUAGCAAUGAGUCAAUAUGGCAACUUCACACUGUUUUCUUUUAUAUAGUGAAGAGCUAUUCAGUGAUGUUUUAUGUGGGGGAGCGGUAAUAAAGAACACAAUUGGGAGCUUUUGAAUUCCGCCUCUAAGAAGGCAGUGGUGCAAAUGAGAGAUGGCAGAAUGAUCCUAGCAAGUGAAACAUUUGGAAAUGAUUUUUUCAUGGCAAAUUGGGGUGAAAAUCCACUUUUUAAUUGUAAUGUCCUUUCACAUAAUGCAGUUUUGUAUUCCACUAUAAUCUGCAUAACUGGUGGUUCUGUACAGUGCACUGUGGAGGGGAGACGUAAAACAUCUGCCUUUAACCAGGGGGGCUACCACAUCUGAAAUUAAGUAGUCAUUACUGUGUAUGAUAAGAGAAACUGGCAAGUUUUAAAAAUAAUUUUAAAGAUAAGAAGUUGGAAGUGACUUUCUUUAAAGUUUGUGUGAAACUAUAAAUGGAACCUGUUAUAACCAAAGCACCAUACCUGGAAUUCUGUCCUUGCAGCAGAUCCUCAUAAGACAAGGCAGCAAGUGACAUAGAAAUGGUGAUAUUCAUGAUGUUGAAAGGUGGUUGGUGCUACUUUUGAGAUGGCUUGGAGCAGACCAGUUUUGUGAACCCGUUAGCCUUUUGCUCCUAGAAAAAUGACCCCAUUUUCCUGAAGCCAUCCAGCCUGGCAUUCUCUGUCAGUGCGUUGGAAGAUGUAUGUCUGCAGAUUCUACAUUCUUAGUGCACCUGAAUUCUGCUGGAGUCAGCUCACCUCUCCAAGCGUUCGGAUCCAUCCUCAUAAUCAUGCAUGUGGUUGGCAGUCUAGAAAAUGUACUCUGGGCUACUCCAGAAGAGCAGAGUAAUCAGUCCGGGCCAAUAAAUGUUUUGGAUUGGAGGACCGUGUUUAAUAGCAAUCAGUGCCUCCUAUCAGGCAGAGACCAACCAGGCCUAGCUAACGCUGAUUUGGAUAUAAAGUUGAAUCUGAUUCCAAAGAGCAGAAGCUAUGCUCUAGUUCGUCACUAUAUUGUAAGCAGCCUCCAGUUCUAUGCUAAUAUAAGGGGGUAGAUCUGGUUACAAGGACUGAAUGUCUGCAGGAAGUAAUGGUACAUCAUUCAUGAAUUAAACAAUGGUUGAUGCUACCAGUGCUUCUGAGAAUUAAUGUUAUUCUAGUGUAACACCAACAGACCCCAGUCACCAGGUGGGAUCGGAUCUGGGACCUUUGAAGCUUAGUGCAUGAGCUAAAGUGCAUGUUAGCUAAGGUUGUAGAGCAGACUCAUUUUAUCUCUCUCCAAGUGGUCUUGGUGCUACUAGAUAGGAUAGAACAUCACACCUAGAAAGAGUGUGGCUUACACUAGCACUUCCUCUAACCUGCAUGCUUCAUGGCAGAAUAUUUUUUUAUAUAAUGUGUGAGAAGUUUGCCAAGUAACUGCCAUUGCUGUCACAGUUAAUUAUUUUCCCUGGAGGAGCAGAGAGAGGAAACACCUAUUUGUUCUGGGAAUUUGUGCUCCUUUAAUUUAGUGCACAGUUUAAAUACCCUGGUGCUAGGAAUGUUAAAUCCUUAGUGCAAUUGCUGUUGGGUCCUAGCUGCAUCUCUAUAAUGUGCUUAAAAUUUUCCCAGAAAUUACUGCUUCAGGCUCACAGAAGAAAUCUAAGAUUUAGCAGAAACUUUGUUUUUGAAAGAGAACAUGAGUAUGGGUACAAAAGUUCCAGGAAGGAAAAGGCUUCUUUGCUAAGAUGGAAUUAGCUAGACAAAAAUUGUACCAGAAAAAUACUCCAUUUGCUGUAACCUUACAAAAUUAACGGCACAGCUUAGCUCCUGUUCCUGAAAUUCUCUGGUGACCUAGGGUAGCGCAGUCAUUGUACAGGCUGAGGAACCUCCAGCCUCCUCGCUAGAAGUAAAAUGAUCAGAACAGGCUAGUGCCUUAUGUAAAUUAAUAGAACUUUGCCAAGCAACUUUUCAUAGAAAUGUAGGGAUGGAAGGGACCUUGAGGUCAUCAAGUCCAGCCCCUGUGCUGAAGCAGGACCAAGUAGACCUAGUCCUGAGAGGGGUUUGCCUAACUUAAAAGUCUCCAGUGACGGGGAUUCCAUGAUGUCCCUCGGAAACCUAUUCCCGUAUUUAGCUCUGAUAACUACUCUUUGAGUAUGGACUUUCAACCAGUUAUAUACCCACCUUAUGGUAAUUUCACCUAGGCCACAUUUCCCUAAUUUUCAUUAUGAGAAUGUCAUGGGGGGACUGUGUCAAAAGCUUUACUAAAAUCAAGGUAUCACCUAUAUUGCUUAUCCAUUAGGCCAGUAAUCCUGUUAAAGAAGGAAAUUAGAUGGUGGGUACCAUGCUUUUGUUUGGCAUAUCCAUGCUGACUGUUAUCCUUAUAAAUUGGUUGUUUAAUAAUUUGUUCCAGUAUCUUUCCAGGUAUCAAAGUUAAGCUGACUGGCCUAGAAUUCCCCAGGGCCUCUUAUGUUCCCUUUUUUAAAGGUAGUAUUAUGUUUGCCCUUUCACCCUCUGGGAUGUCAUCUGUCCUUCAUGAGUUCUCAAAGAUAAUCAUUAAAGAUAACUUUUGUUCCCUCUGACCAUAGGCUUUAAAAGCUCUCUUCCAUCAGCUAAUUAAAUACUAAUUAUAUCAACCACUCAAAAGAAAUGAAGAGUUAAAGCUGAGCUGAAACUUCUUGUGACUAACAAGGAUUUAAGAUGGUGGCAUUAUACUUCUUCUUAGGUCUGAGCUUUUGCCUGUGCAUCUUGCACCAUUCUGACUUUGUUAAAUUAACUGUGGGCUUGACCAUGUUCUCCUGAGCACCUGCCAUCUACGCUGUGGAGUUACGCCAUGUGGGCUGUUCAGCGCAACAUCUUUUUCUUUGCAGUGAACCCCUCCCAGUCCUGUGUGUUAACACUCACCUUACAAAAAGGUGAAAUGUCCCCUAAAAAUGAUUUUCAAAAUAAAAGUCCUCAUUGGACAUAAGA